AUGGCUGGUUCAUCGAGGAAAAGUCUCUCCUUCUCUGGUCAUUCAUUUCAGGGGAGGAAGAAAGCUUCCGAAAACGAAGCUGGUGACCUCCCACGAAGAUCUCUCACAUCUUCUCGUUCUUCCAUAAGCUUUAGUGGUGAGAGGAGUGGAGAGAGAACUGUAAAGCGGCUAAGGUUGUGUAAGGCCCUUACAGUACCUGACAGCACGACUUUAUAUGAAGCCUGUCGAAGGAUGGCUGCACGUCGCGUUGAUGCCUUAUUGCUGACUGAUUCUAAUGCAUUACUUUGUGGGAUCCUUACAGACAGGGAUAUUGCAACAAGAGUAAUUGCGAAACAACUCAACCUUGAAGAAACACCUGUAUCUAAGGUCAUGACCAAGAACCCCGUCUUUGUUUUGUCUGAUACAAUUGCUGUGGAAGCUCUUCAAAAGAUGGUGCAAGGCAAAUUUAGACAUUUGCCAGUUGUAGAGAAUGGAGAAGUCAUCGCACUUCUCGAUAUUGCAAAGUGUUUGUAUGAUGCAAUUGCCCGGAUGGAAAGAUCAGCUGAGAAGGGUAAGGCCAUUGCUGCAGCUGUUGAAGGUGUUGAAAAGAACUGGGGGACAUCUAUUGCUGGACCAAACACUUUUAUGGAGACACUUAGAGAACGAAUAUUCAAGCCUUUGCUUUCAACUAUAAUUCCAGAGAAUACAAAAGUUUUAAAGGUUGGAUUGGAUGAGACAGUGUUAGAAGUAACCAUGAAGAUGGUGGAAUAUCAGUCUAGCUCAGCCAUGGUGAUGGUUGAGAACAAAUUAGCAGGAAUUCUCACUUCAAAGGACAUCUUGAUGCGAGUGAUAGCCCAAAAACUUCCUCCAGAGACGACCACUGUGGAGAAGGUUAUGACCCAAAACCCAGAAUCUGCAACAGUUGAUAUGGCAAUUGUUGAUGCCUUACAUAUCAUGCACAAUGGAAAAUUUCUGCAUCUCCCUGUGUUGGAUAAAGAUGGAAAUGUUGUCGCUGUUAUUGAUGUAAUCCACAUAACUCAUGCUGCUGUUACUACGGCUGGAAGUACGGCUGGAAUAAAUAAUGAGACAGCAAACUCAAUGAUGCAAAAGUUUUGGGAUUCUGCUAUGGCUUUGUCUCCUAACGAAGAUGGAGAUGAAACAAGGAGCGAAGAGGAAUCAUUGAAAUUAUCUUCGGAGAUAGAAGGGACAAAAUCAUUCUCAUAUCCCAACACAUUUGCUUUCAAACUCAAAGAUAAAAAGGGACGGAUGCAUAGAUUUAUGUGCGAUGGUGAUCUUGGAGCUGCCGUGGAGCAUGCAAAAUCAAUAGGCUGGAAGGGCUUGAAAUUACACUUGGACUACAUAGCAGAGAGAGGGCACAUGAGAGGUUUAAGCUCAGAGGAUAUGGACUACGAUCAAUCAAACUCAUGGGCAGCCGCUUACAAAACAGUUGCAGCUGGGGCUGCUCUUGCCGCUGGACUUGGAGUUUUGGUGUACCUUAAACGCCACUCAAACUAA